AUGAAAAACUAUGAAUAAUAAUCUAUACUUGUUGAUAAGGAAUUUUGUGACUAAAACAUUUUUACAUACUAUUAAAGAUCCAAUUAAAUUCACCCUUAAAUACGACUUUUUGCCUUAUAAUAAAACAAUAUUUAAAGAAAACUUAAUGGUAAUGCUAAUCUCUCUUCAAUUCAACAUAGUAUGAAUAUCAUAUCUAUUUUUAUGAGCCCAAAAGCUAUUAAUCAGCAAGUUUGCCCAAAUAAAGUUUUACCAAUAGAGAAGACCUUCAAAGAAAAUAAAUUAAACUCUAGAGUUACUCAACUGAAACCCCCUAUCAAAGGCCUAAAAUUAGAACUUUCAAAGGAAUUUCAGCCAAGAAUAAAUUAAUCUAACUCUCUCAAAAGAAAAAUCUGUAAAUCCACUCUCGUAUUCGAAACACCAGUGUAUGAAGAUUGCAAUAAACACUACACUGACUAAAAGCCAGAAACCUUUCGUUACAAGGACUUAGAACUAAAUUCAUAUAUUGAAGAAUAUUCAUUGCUCAAAAAAUAAACAAUAGCUUCUGUGAAGCUACAUAAUGGUGUGUAGCAUCAAAGUCGGAAUGAGAAUAGCUAAACUAGUAGAUUAUCGAUAUAGUUGUAUUCACAUUCAUUUAAACCAAUAAUUAAAACUAAAUCAAUAUCAUAAAAUUAGUAAAUUUAACAAAAGAAUUUCAACAUAAGUGGAUGGAGUGAUCAUUCAAAUAAGUGA